AUGAUGAAACUUCCCCUGUUACGCGUUCUUAACCAGCCAGCGGCUAGACUUCUUCUCGUCACCGUUGUCUUGUACUUUUUAGCCUUCGAGUUUUGUCGUCUGCACUAUUGGCGAGAUCCGCACUCCGCUUUUUUUAAUAUUGACAAUGUGUUUGAAUGGAAAUACAGUCUUUUCCGUGAGCACGAGGCAAGACAUUACACUGCUGUUUAUAACGCGCCAUCUGAUGACGGCUUGGAGAUAACUCGGGCUCAGAGCUCUCCUUGGAUGUGUGCUGCUCUGGCAACGGUCAAGCGAGACAAGGAAGAUUAUUUUGAAGCAUCGGUAGGCUCACUGCUGAGCAAUCUGGAUCCUCGUGAGCGUGAAGCCAUGCAUGUGUCAAUUCUAUUCGCAAACACGGAUCCAUCGCAACACCCGAGUUGGGGACAAAAAUGGGUCGAUCGGCUAGCGGACUCUGCUUCGUCAUAUAAUGUGUCUGAGAAAGAAAUGGAUUAUCUCAAAGAUCUGGAAGAGAAACGAGAUUGGCAAGAAAAGGGUGUAUUCGACUACGUGUACCUGCUAAAUGAUUGUCUCCAAACGGAUGCACCAUACAUCUUCGUCUUUGAAGACGAUGUGAUUCUGGCGGAUGGGUGGAUGAUCAAGACCCUCAAUGCAUUGCACAGUGUGUCAGAAAGUCCACCUUCAUUCAUAGACUCCUGGCUUUACUUGCGUCUUUUCUACACUGAGACUUCUUUGUCAUGGGAAUCAUCAGACUUUUGGUAUCGCAAUAUGCCAUUAGCAUUCUUCAUUGUGAUGGCCUCCGGUCUAAUAACCUUGCUAUUGGUUCGUCGGAGGUGGGUCAAGACACGCUCAUACAUCGACAACUGGACGAUCGCAACAGUCUGUCUAGUCGUGUUACCAGCGUUUACAGGUCUUUUCUAUAUGGCUGGCAAAUACUCAGUGUUUCCGCUGGAAGGGGUAGUAGAUAUAAGCCCCCAUGGCUGCUGCACGCAGGGUAUGGUGCUUCCAAGGGAGCAAGUACCACCCCUGAUCACUUACUUACAAGGUCGUAAGAGAGGUCAGACGGAUAGCAUCAUCGAAGAAUACGCCGAGGAGACUGGACUUGCCCGGCUUGCCCUCGCACCCCAGCAAAUGCAGCACGUCGGGCUAAGGUCAAGUCGGGAUAACUUGGAAAUAAAUACUCAAAGUACAUGGGCCUUCUGGUUCGAAGAGAAUGACCCUGAACAGCUCAAAAAGGAGCAUGAGCAGUUGCUUGCGAGUAGCGAUGAGCACUGGAUCCUCAAUGGAUUAUAA